AGAUGGUGUGUGAUCUAAUUUCUCGCAACAAUUUUUCAUGUAACAUUGAGUUUGGCAACAAAAAAUCCAUGCGUGCAUCCAAGGCUACUUUCGAAACUUUUGCACCAAAGGAUCACCCAUGCACAACUUUUGCCAGAUAAUUCACAAAGGCCACACAUCCACUGCCACAAACACAAAUAGAAAGGACGAUCGCCGUACAAGAAGCACAAAAGAAUAUACCACGGCAAGGAAUAUGCUCUGGGAUAUGCUCUCUCCAGUACGUGCGAGGCAACAGUGGUGAUGUGUGGUACCCGGAUGGCGAUGGCGACCCCCGGCGAUUCGUGAGCUAAGCCUAUCCAUGGAGGAGAGGAAUGCGUGGGCAGUAAACCACUUCUUCUUCCUCGCCUCGCCUUGUUCUUCUUCUUCUUCUUCCUCCUCGCGUCGCCCACCAUUUCUAGGGCAGAGUGUUACGGAACGGACGAAUCGAUGGCGCGGAGGAGGAAAUCUCAGUUUUGCCACGCCUGGAUGCAGUGAGAAAGAGCUCCAUCCUCUGUUUGGCCGCUAGCGCUUGGACUCAUCUCCCUUCCGGGAAGAAAUUCUUUUCCUUUUGUCCAAAAUCGGCGAGAAAAUGCGCCCCCGCGGGCGAGCGCUCUGUUCCUCCUGCCGCUCCUGCCGCCACUGCUGCUGCCGCGAAUCGAUCGGUCAAGGGGGAGGAAGAUGGUUGAAUCGGGGAUGAGAGAUCGGCGCUGCUACAUUGCCAGGGCUUGGAUUUUGUCAUGGGUUCCUCCUCGCCACAAAAGCCAGCAUCGGCGGCGGCGGGGGCAGCAGUAGCUCCGCCACCAGCGCCGUCAAACUUUGGCGAUUUCGUGCAGCGAUUCGCAUGGGCGUGCUUGCUCCGCCCGGGAGGAGUGAAGAUGGCGCUCAAGGACGACGAGGAUAGCGGCGGCGCUGAGUCGUCGGAGUCCUCGGAGGAUCAGUGGGUUAGCGGCGGCAAGGCUCGGAGCGGCGGCGGCGGCGGCGCUACUGGCGGUGGUGGCGGCGGCGCCAAGCUUAGCAGUAAGAGCAAGAGCAGCUCUUUCAAGGAGACCAAGGAGGAGGACAACGAUCACGACUCCUUCCACGAGGCGGAGUGGGAGUCCACCGCGUCCGCGGCGACGUCCGCCGCGCGGAUCCACGCCCUGGAGUCGGCCAUCGGCGAGGUGUUUGCCACUGUCUCGGCGCUCAAGUCGGCCUACAUCCAGCUCCAGGCGGCGCACUCGCCCUUCGAUCCCGAGAAGCUCCGCCUGGCGGACAAGGCCGUCAUCCAGGAGCUCCGCCGCCUCUCGGAGAUGAAGCACGGCUUCCGCGACCAACAGCGCUUGCGGGAUUCGUCCUCGACGCUCCACCAGCACCUCCACCAGCACCACUACCACAAUGGGCGGCAGCAGCAGAGCCUCGAGGAGCACAACGAGGAGCUCCGCCGGAAGAUCCAGGAGCUGGCCACCGCCGCGGGGAUCAAGCAGCGCGCCAUGGAAACGUACGAGGCGAGAGUCCGCGCGUGCGAGGCGGAGAUUGAGCAGCAGAGGCUGGAGAUCGACGAGCUCAACGACAAUCUCGCGCGCGCGGUGGCGCGGCGGGAGAAGCUGGAGCGCCGGCUACGCAAGUGUGAGCAGCGAUCGUCCGCCAAUCACCACCACCACCAUCACCAUCGCCAGGGGAUUGGAUUGAGCUCCUCUGGAGGAUCGCCAUCGAUCCUCGAGGGCAGCGGCGGUGGCGGGGGGCUCCUCAGCUCCAUCGACGCAUCGCCCACGACCCAGAUCUUCGAGGUGGCGGUCCAGAACGCGCGGGAAUCGGCGCUCGCGUUCAGCAAGCUCCUGGUGAGCCUGAUGCGCGGCGUGCAGUGGGAUCUGGAGGCGGCGGCGGAGUCGAUCGAGGCGGGGAUCGGAUACGCCCGCCCCGCCCACCGCCGAUUCGCCUUCGAGUCCUACGUGUGCCACCGGAUCUUCUGCGGCUUCGAGAACGAGAACUUCUACAUCAAUGGCAGCCUCUCCUCCAUCCUCGACCCCGUAAAGCACCGCGCCGAGUGCUUCCGCCAGUUCCGGGACAUGCGCGCCGUCGAUCCCGCGGAUCUGCUGGGCAUUACGCCGGAAUGCCUGUUUGGGAAAUUCUGCCACAGAAAGUACCUCCAGAUCGUGCACGAGAAGAUGGAGGAGAGCUUCUUUGGCGGGUUUGAGCAGCACCGCGACGUGAUUCUGGGCGGGGGCCAUCCACGGACGAGAUUCUACCAGAGCUUCCUGCGCUUCGCCAAGGCGGUGUGGCUCGUCCAUCGCCUCGCGUUUUCGUUCGAGCCGACGGCCACGAUCUUCCAGGUGAAGAGAGGUACCGAGUUCGAUCCCGCCUUCAUGGAGAGCGCCGCGAGAAAUGUGAGGAUGAGUGAUGACGACGAUGGCGUGAGGCCGCGCGUGGGUUUCACUGUCAUGCCGGGUUUUCGUGUCGAUAAGUGGAUUGUCAAGUGCCAUGUCUACCUGGAUGGCAUGGUCGCCUCCGAGGAUUGACGAGAGAUCUUUCUUUUGACUAGAAAUCUAGCUGCGAUCGCGAUCAAAGUUUUAUAGAAGAUCAAGAAAUCUCUAUGGCUUUACAACUUUGGAGUGGAGAUAAUUGAUAUAGCUCCAACAGUGGAUUUU